AAAAGAGUCAGUUUAACAAAUUAAGUUGUUACAAUGAAGGCAUGCAGGAUUGCGGUUGCACUUGUGCUCACCUUUACGUGCAUUCCAAGGAAUUCUGCUUUUCCUUUUGCUACUGAGCACGAGAUGGAGGAGCCAACGGUCACCGACAACCCAGAUGUAGCGUAUGAAGACGGACCGGGCACCGACGAUUCAGAUUCAGCGCAAGAAGAGGCAUCAGUGGAAACAUGGAUGCUGCCGUACAACCUCGGGCAGGGGCAAUACAAGGGCCCAGUUAGAUGCCGGUACUGCUGCGGCUGCUGCGGCCUCGGUGUCUGCGGCGUGUGCUGCAAGUGAGGAUUCGUGUGCUCGUGCUUUAUUUUUCUUUUGUUAACUUAAAAAUUUGUAUUCGUCUGUAUUUGGUUGCCCUUCACGUGAUGACAUAUUGUAUGCAUUAGGAGACUAUAUUGUACUGUCGUCAAACUGACAUGUCAGCUUAGGAUGGAACAACAGAUUCUGAGUCUGUUCUACAUUUACAAACGAUGAUGUGAUAAAAUAAAAAAGAAAAAAGUAUUUAACUUUAACAGCAUUCUGACAAUAUCUGUCAUCGCACAGACCCACAUCCCGGUGUGUUUAGGAAGUAAUAUCCUCCACUGGCCUCCAACAA